AUGAAUGGCCAAAGACAUCUUCCGGGUAUGCCAGCACCGCCAUACCCAGGACCUCCUAUUAACUCUAACGGAGUCUUCGUAUCUCCACCAGUCAUCCAAAACAUUCAACAACCUUUUUUCCAACAACAGCCACAGGUUGUUCAACCUGUGAACAAUAUCGUGAUGGUGGGUCAGCCGCCAACCGAUAAAUCUGGCCAGACGUUUUGUCCCUACUGCCAAAGGAUUGUUGUCAGUAGAGUCGAGUACAGAGAUGGCGUGAAGGCUUGGACAGUCUGUGUCAUACUGGGAGCGCUACUCCUCUGGCCGUUCUGUCUCAUCCCUUUCUGCUGCAUCUCCUGCAAGGAUGUGGAGCACUACUGUCCCAGCUGUAAACGCAUCCUGCACAUCUAUAAGCGUGACAUGUGAAACAGCACUGCAGUGUCAACUCAACAAAGGGUAGAGAAGUCAACCUGACUAAAGCAACAUGUGGACAGGAGACAAACCCCUCUAUGCAAAGACACCAGACGUCACAUGAACUCUGUGCUCACUUCCUACUCUGUAAAUAGUUGUAAAUAGAAGAUUAUACAAGACUUGUUAUUUUUUUGUUUUACUUGACCUGAGCGAUGUUGCAAUAUAAUACACCAAAGUUUAGCUGUUG